AAAGGGCUGGCGUUGUGGGGGGUCUCAGCAGCGGCGCCCCUAAUCCUCGGACCGACCCGGGCCCACGACUAGGACUGACUUCGUCAUGGAGGAGGCGGACCGAAUUCUCAUCCAUUCUCUGCGCCAGGCUGGCACGGCAGUUCCUCCAGAUGUGCAGACCCUUCGAGCCUUCACCACGGAGCUAGUUGUAGAGGCUGUGGUUCGUUGUCUGCGAGUGAUCAACCCUGCUGUGGGCUCUGGUCUCAGCCCCCUGCUGCCUCUCGCUAUGUCUGCCCGGUUCCGCCUGGCCAUGAGCCUGGCCCAGGCCUGCAUGGACCUGGGCUAUCCCUUGGAACUUGGUUAUCAGAACUUCCUGUACCCCAGUGAGCCUGACCUCAGGGAUCUGCUGCUCUUCUUGGCUGAGCGUCUGCCCACUGAUGCCUCUGAAGCUGCAGAUCAGCCAACAGGUGACUCAGCUAUUCUCCGAGCCAUUGGGAGCCAAAUCCGGGAACAGCUGGCUCUGCCCUGGGUCCCACCCCUCCUGCGUACUCCCAAGCUGCAGCUCAUCCAGGGCUCAGCACCCCAGAAGUCUUUCCAUGCUAGCAGGCUGACCAUGCCCGAGUUGAGUUCCAGAGGAGAGUCACGGGAGUUCCAAGGGAGUCCCCUGCUGCCACCAGCCCCCAUCCAGGUGCCCCAGCCUGCUGGGAGGGCAGCUUCGCUCCUGGAACGCCAUGCCAUCCAGCUCUGCCAGCAAACGGCCCGGGAGCGUGCAGGGGAUGAGGAAUGGUUACGCCGAGCAUCCCGAGUCCCGCUGCAGGAUGAUACAUGGGCAAAGCGGCAGCGGCUGCAGAAGCAUCUGGCUGAGUACCUGCGCCAAAACUGGAGUCCACUCGGGGCCCCUCCACAAACCCGAGACCUGGGAGAGCUGCUGCAGGCCUGGGGUGCUGGGGCCAGGACUAGUGCACCCAAGGGCUCCCAGUUCACGCAUUCAGAGAAGUUCACCUUCCAUCUGGAACCCAAGGCCCAGGCAGCCCAGAUGCCCAACGUGCUUGCCAGCUCCCUACAGCCUGAACAGGACACAUGGGCAGCUCAAGAACAGGAGCUAGAGUCCCUUCGGGCGCAUCUGGAGGGAGUGAACCACCACAUUGAGGAGGUUGAGUCCAACAUGAAGAUGCUGGGAAUCAGCCUUGUGCAGGUGGAGACUGAGUGUCAGCAGAGUGAGCUCAGCAUGGCUGAGCAAGAGCAGACCCUGCGCCUGAAGAGCCGUGCAGUGGAGCUGCUGCCCGAUGCGGCUGCCAACCUCGUCAAGCUGCAGCAUGUGGUAGAAAGUAGUGCCCAGCGGGUCAUCCACUUGGCGGGCCAGUGGGAAAAACACCGAGUCCCACUCCUUGCCGAGUACCGUCACCUGCGGAAGCUUCAGGACCGCCGAGAGAUGGAAUCAUCCCGAAGGCUGGCAGAAAUCCAGGAGUUGCACCAGAGUGUCCGUGCGGCUGCCGAAGAGGCCCGCAGGAAGGAGGAGGUCUAUAAGCAGCUGGUGUCAGAGCUGGAGACUCUGCCCAGAGACGUGUCCCGGCUGGCCUACACCCAGCGCAUCUUGGAGCUUGUGGGCCACAUCCGGAAGCAGAAGGAAGAGAUCACCAAGAUCCUGUCGGACACAAAGGAGCUUCAGAAGGAAAUCAAUUCCCUCUCUGGGAAACUGGACAGGACCUUUGCGGUGACUGAUGAACUCGUCUUCAAGGAUGCCAAGAAGGAUGAUGCUGUUCGGAAGGCUUACAAGUAUCUGGCUGCCCUGCAUGAGAACUGCAGCCAGCUUAUUCAGACCAUCGAGGACACAGGCACUAUCAUGCGGGAGAUUCGAGACCUUGAAGAGCAGAUCGAGACAGAGAUGGGCAAGAAGACUCUCAGUAACCUGGAGAAGAUCCGAGAGGACUACCGAGCCCUCCGCCAGGAGAAUGCCAGCCUCCUGGGGCGGGUCCGGGAAGCGUGAGGUGGCCCCAGUCAAGGUCUCCCUCCCAGCUUUAGACAGGGCUUUGGGGUGCUGGAGGAGGUGGCCAGUGCUUGCCCUUUUGGUUCUCUUACUUUCCAUUCACUUCUUCCACCUAGACCCCUGCCUACCCUCUGCCCACUUGGCCCCAUGUGAUUGUCCAGUGUUUGGGAGCCAGGCUGCAGUUUAUUGGGAAGAGGACUGGGGCCAUGAAUCCCAAAUAAAUGAGGGGUCCCUGUC